CUGAGCACAGAUCCCCCGAGCCCGAACUUUUUUUGCGACGCUUGUACGCUCGACUAUCUCUGCAUACACUCAAGUACCCGAGAUAUUGUCACAAUUAUGGCGCCUAGUAUGGAAGACGACUUCAUAUUCACCAUCUCCGAUCACGAUGACGUCUCCGACGACGGCGGUGCCGACGAGGCUGCUGCAACGGCCAAAUUAGCUGGCGCUGGAAAGAAGAGGAAGUACACCGAAGACCCAGAUCUUCACGUCAAGCCGAAGGAAGUCGCGUCGAAGAAGGCGAAAAAGGACAAGAAGAAGGGAAAGAAAGGAGCCGAUCCCGCUCCAGAAAUCGAAGGAGACGACAACGCGAUGCCAGAACCGACCGAAGACGUCGAACAGAACGACGAUAUUGCGAGCGACUUCGAGUUUGCAGUCGGCGACAUAGACACUGGCUUCGUGGAGGAGUUUGACGGCUGGGGCAACGACAAUGGCACAGUGGCUCAGGAGUCCCAGAAGAAGGGCACCGCAGUCGAUGUCGACGACAUUAUCGAGCGGAGACGGAACAAGAAGAGCGCACAGGCAGUUAUAGAAACGGAGUCUCCCGAGGCCUCUGUCAAUGGCGACUUUGAAGGUUUCGGCGAGGACGACGAGCUCAUGGCUGAAGAUGGGUUUGGCAUGGGCGCAGCAAGCGACUCGGAAGAGGAAGAUCAGGACGAGGCUUCAGGGGAGGAGGGUAGUGAGGGCGAACAGGACGACUCGGACGACGAAGCAGAAGUACCGCAUGUACCACAUCCCAUGGACCUUGAGGGCGCUGAAACAGAGAAUGAAGACGAGAGCGAAGAAGAGGACGCUGUCGAAGCUAAGAAGGCAGCCGCUUUCUUCGCGCCUGAAGACAGCGUGCAGAUCAAGAAGAAAAAGGGGGCCAAAGGUGGUACUGGUUCCUUCCAAGCCAUGUCGCUUUCACGACCCAUUCUACGAGGUUUGGCAUCUGUGGGCUUCACCGAGCCUACGCCUAUCCAGAACAAAGCAGUUCCGAUUGCUAUGCAAGGUAAGGACGUCGUAGGAGGAGCCGAGACUGGUUCCGGUAAAACGGCCGCGUUCCUCAUCCCUAUCCUCGAACGUCUGCUCUACAGACCAAAGAAGGUUCCAACCACCCGUGUCGCCAUCUUCAUGCCUACUCGUGAGUUGGCGGUACAAUGUUUCAAUGUCGCGACCAAGCUUGCGUCCUUCACCGACAUCACUUUCGCCCUGAUGGCUGGUGGUUUCUCAACGCGCGACCAGGAGGCUGUGCUGAAGACACGACCGGAUGUUGUGAUUGCGACACCUGGUCGUUUCAUCGAUCAUAUGCACAACACAGCUGCGUUCCAGGUUGAACAUCUCGAAAUUCUUGUGCUCGACGAGGCAGAUCGUAUGCUGGAAGAGGGUUUCGAGAGCCAGUUGAACGAGAUUCUGACGACUAUUCCGAAAUCACGACAGACUAUGCUGUUUUCCGCUACCAUGACGAGCUCGGUCGAUAAACUGAUCCGAAUUGGUAUGGACAAGCCAGUGCGUCUGAUGGUCGAUGCGAAGAAGCACACUGUAGCAGGUUUGACGCAAGAGUUCGUGCGAUUGAGGCAGGGCAAGGAAGACAAGAGACUUGCGUAUUUGAUGUAUAUCUGCGAAAAGAUCUACACAGAGAAAGUCAUCAUUUUCUUCAGGCAAAAGAAGGAAGCGCAUAGGGUACGAGUUGUAUUCGCUCUCUGCGGGCUCAAAGCUAGUGAGCUCCAUGGUAACAUGAGCCAAGAGCAGCGUAUUCAAUCCGUAGAGGCUUUCCGAUCAGGCAAGUCUGCCUAUUUAUUGGCUACCGACGUUGCCUCGCGUGGUCUUGAUAUCAAGAACGUCGCGACAGUCAUCAACUACGAAGCACCACAAAGUCACGAAAUCUACUUGCAUCGUGUCGGUCGUACCGCUCGUGCAGGACGAAGUGGACGUGCCUGUACGCUUGCCGCAGAACCUGACCGCAAAGUCGUCAAGCAGGCCGUCAAGGCUUCGCGCGAUCAAGGCGCCAAAGUUGUCAGUCGACAAGUACCCGUAGAAGAAACCGACAGGUGGAUGAAGAAAAUUAAGGAUCUCGAAGGUGAGAUCGAGGAGGUUCUCGCCGAAGAGAAAGAGGAGCGUGCCAUGAGCGUCACAGAGCGUGACCUUAAGCGAGGUGAGAACCUGAUCCAGCACGAAGAUGAGAUCAAGUCCCGGCCAAGGCGCACAUGGUUCGAGUCUGAGAAAGACAAGUUGGCAGAGAAGGAGAAGGGUGCUGCUGCACUAAACGGGUCUUCCCAGUCUGCUGGAGCAGCUCUGAAGGCCAAGAAGGGAAAGAAGCUCAGUGGCAAAGACCGCAAGAAGCUCGAGAUGAAUGACGUCCGAUCAGAAGGCAAGGUUUGGAAGAAGGGUAAGGCGGAUCGUGGCCUAAGUACCGGCAAAGCGAAGGAGAAGCAAGCUCACCAGAAGGCCAAGUCGAAGAAGAUCGCCGCGAAGACCGGGUCUUUCAAGGGCUUCAAGGAGUAGGUGGUUCAUUCAGGAGUGAUUGCAUAGCUUAAUGAUACCUCUGAUCAUCAUUCAUUACCUCCCACGAUACACGAGCAAUGCUAGAUACAAAACCACAUGAACAGGGUUGAAGAAUACGUAGACAUAAUUGCAGGUCGGUGGACAGAUAGAAUCUCAUUGAAGACCUCCGCGCUGUCAUGUUGUUCUUCUGUCUGAAACAUGAAAGACUGUCGUCAGCAGCAACACCAGGCAGAUGGUAUGAAAACAAUAAUCAUGAAUUCACAAUGUUCAUAUGCUGAUGAGCGCACAUGGUCCGUUUGGUCCGGUGACGAAACUGAUGUGCGAUUGACCUCAUAUGCCAAGCUCACCCCCUUUUUGGUCUAGGCGGGUAACCGGGAGCUGGCGGACGAACAUGGCAGAUUUAUGGUACCUCAAUUU